GCUGGCCGUGACCGGAGGGGAGCGAGGGGAAGAGGAGACGAAGGGACGGGGGAGUACGGGUAGAGAGAUCGAGGCGCUUGAUAAUUCUGUGAAGUGGGCUGGGAGCUAUCUUUUCAGACCUGAAAAGCCGCGAGGUUUCAGCUUUGAGAUCCCGUGAAGACGAGAAUCUCGCGAGAAGUGCAGUUGCUGCUCCACCUGUGAAGGGGCGGUUAGACGCAAGGGGUCCUUGCUCAUCAGUGCGCCCGGUUUUCGUUUGAUUCUUCGGCCUUCACGCUGGAUAGCCAGUUUUUCCUUUGCGCAUCAUCCUCUACCCGAGAAAUGGUCGCUUCCCCCUAGUCUAGACACGCUUUAAACAGCAGUAGUAAAAGUCAGUCUACAAGUAUUGGAGUACGACUUUUGCCAAAGAACACUGUGCAUAAUGGAUUCUCUAUCGGAAGAAUUUUUUGUGAGGGAUCCUCCUGUCAGGGAGCAGACUAAGGAGGAAGUCGAGGAUAAGGUGGAAAAAUCAACUGAUCAACUGGACAAACAGGAAAAGGACACACCUACUGAUCUUGUUCCUGUUAACCUACUAUUAGAGGUGAAGAAGUUAUUGAAUGCAAUUAAUACUCUACCAAAAGGUGUGGUCCCUCAUGUUAAGAAGUUCUUACAGGAAGAUUUUUCCUUCCAAACUAUGCAGAGAGAAGUUGCAGCGAACAGCCAGAAUGGGGAGGAAAUUGUUCCUGUUUUGACUUUACGUUUCUUGAUAACACAACUGGAAGCAGCACUUAGAAACAUUCAAGCUACUAAUUAUACUGCACAUCAGAUUAAUAUCGGUUAUUAUUUGACAUUACUAUUUUUGUACGGUGUAGCACUCACUGAAAGAGGAAAGAAAGAGGAUUAUACAGAAGCUGAGAAUAAAUUUCUGGUGAUGAAAAUGGUGAUCCAAGAAAAUGAAAUUUGUGAAAACUUUAUGUCUUUAGUUUAUUUUGGACGUGGUUUGCUUCGAUGUGCUCAGAAGAGAUAUAAUGGAGGACUGCUAGAAUUUCAUAAAAGCAUACAAGAAAUAGGAGACACAAAUGAUCAUUGGUUUGACAUAGAUCCUACAGAAGAUGAAGAUUUACCUACAACUUUUAAAGAUCUUCUUAAUAAUUUUAUCAAGACAACUGAAAGUAAUAUAAUGAAGCAGACCAUUUGCAGUUAUCUAGAUUGUGAGCGAUCUUGUGAAGCUGACAUUUUAAAGAACACCAAUUAUAAGGGAUUUUUUCAGUUAAUGUGCUGUAAAAGCUGCUGUGUUUAUUUCCACAAAAUUUGUUGGAAAAAGUUCAAGAAUUUAAAAUAUCCGGGUGAACAUGAUCAGAGUUUUAGUGGAAAAAAAUGUUUGAAGGAAGGAUGUACAGGUGACAUGGUAAGGAUGCUACAAUGUGAUGUACCUGGAAUUGUUAAAAUCUUGUUUGAAGUUGUGAGAAAAGAUGAAUAUAUAACCAUCGAAAAUUUAGGAGCAAGGUAUGGAAGACCACAUAGAAAAAGAGCAUUAAUGUGGAAUGUUUUGACUUCUCAAAAUUCAUUUUCAGAUGAAAUGCCUGUCUUCAAACUUGAUUAUAAUUAUUUCUAUCAUCUGCUUCAUAUAAUUAUUAUUUCUGGUACUGACAUUGUCCGGCAAAUAUUUGAUGAGGCUCUGCCACCCCCUCUUUUGAAAAAAGAGCUUCUUAUUCACAAGAAUGUUCUGGAACCCUACUACAACCAUCUUUGGACUAAUCACCCUUUGGGUGGAGCAUGGCAUCUGCUUUAUCCCCCAAACAAGGAGCUACCACAGUCCAAACAGUUUGACUUAUACCUCCUCUUAGCUCUCAUAAAACAUUUGAAUGUAUUUCCUGCACCCAAAAAAGGCUGGAAUAUGGAGCCACCAUCUUCCGAUCUCUGUAAGUCUGCUGACAUCCUGAGGCUGUGCAAAUACAGGGAUCUCCUCCUUAGUGAGAUUUUGAUGAAUGGUCUCACUGAGUCACAAUUCAAUUCAAUUUGGAAAAAAGUUUCAGAUACUCUUCUUCGCCUUGGCAUGAAGCAAGAGGAUAUUGACAAAGUAAAGGAGAAUCCCAUUGAGAAUAUCUCUCUUGAUUACCAUCAGCUGUCUAUCUACCUAGGCAUACCAGUACCAGAAAUCAUCCAGAGGAUGUUAUCCUGCUAUCAACAAGGAAUCGCUCUACAGUCAAUAACCGGCAGUCAACGUAUUGACAUAGAAGAGUUACAGAAUGAGGAAGAAGAACUAAGCCCACCUCUCAUGGAGUACAAUAUAAAUGUUAACUCAAACUCUGAAAUACAGUUAGCAGAAAUGAAUAAAGAUGGGACAUCAAUACCCAGUGAAUCUUCAACAGAAUCUAUUAGAGAUCUCCAGGAGGUUAAGAGUAAACCAAAGAAAAAGAAAAAGACUAAGAAUAAAAAGUCAAAAAAUGAAGAACAACUCCCAAGUAUGGUAGAAAAGGAAGAGCAGUUGAAGAAAAAGCAAGCAAAUCUACACCCAGUCAGCAAGUUUAUGAAAGAUGAUGCAAGUGAUGUUCAAGAAGAUUCUGCAACUGAAGACAAGUUCUACAGCCUGGAUGAGUUGCAUAUUCUGGACAUGAUAGAGCAGGGCUCAACCAACAAAGUAACUGCAGAAUAUAGAGAGACUGAGAAGGAAAAGCUUGCUCGACAGCAGCAGCUUUAUAAAUUGCACUAUCAGUGUGAAGAUUUCAAAAGACAGUUGAAAACAGUGACUUUUCGGUGGCAAGAGAAUCAAAUGCAGAUUAAAAAGAGGGACAAAAUCAUCACAUCUCUUAAUCAACAAGUGGCUUUUGGAAUCAACAAGGUUUCCAAAUUACAGUGUCAGAGCCACGCUAAAGAUAAUGAAAUCAAGAACCUGAAAGAACAGCUUUCCAUGAAAAGAUCUCAGUGGGAAAUGGAGAAGCAUAAUCUGGAAAGCACAAUUAAAACGUACUUAACCAAAAUGAAUGCAGAAACUAGCAGAGCUUUAACAGCUGAGGUGUAUUUCUUACAGUGUCGUAGAGAUUUUGGUUUGCUUCAUCUACAGCAGACUGAAAAGGAGUGCCUCAGUCAGCUUGCCAGGGUGACUCAAAUGGCGGCAAGCAACCUAGAAUCGCUUCAAUUAAAGGCUGCAGUAGACAGCUGGAAUGCCAUUGUGACAGAUGUCAGAAACAAGAUUGCAUUCCUCAGGACACAAUACAAUGAACAAAUUAGCAAGGUGAAGCAAGGGUUCGCCUUGAGUACCUUGCCUCCAAUCCAGCUUCCUCCACCACCGCCCAGUCCUGAGAUACUGAUGCAGCAGUUCUUGGGAAGACCCCUUGUGAAAGAAUCUUUCUUUAGACCCGUUCUCGCUGUUCCUCAAAUGCCUGCUGUUUGCCCUGGGGUCAUUUCUGUAUCUGGCCAACCUAGACUUCCCCUGAUGACUGGCAUAGCCUGGACUGUGCCGGCGCCCAUGGGAGAGCUUGUGCCUCCCAGUGCAGGACUGGGAAGCGAUCCCCACGUGAUGAAUUGGGAGAAGAUUAUUGACAGGCUGAAAACUGCCUUUCCACAACAGACCAGAAAGGAGCUUACAGAUUUCUUACGGAAAUUGAAGGACACUUAUGGGAAGUCCUUAUAUGGACUGUCAUUUGAUGAAAUUGUUUACAAGAUUUCUCAAUUUAUUGACCCCAAGAGAUCUCAGAGUCAAGGAAAACCAGCGCCAAAUGGUAGCUGUGUUUCACCCAGCCACACUCCACCACAGUCCAGUGCUGCCCCACCCCCAAAACCAGCCUGGAGCCCCCUCAGUUCACAAAGUUCUGCCACAUGGGAAGGAGCCAAUAAUUUGGAUGAGGAGGAAGAGGAGCCUUGUGUGAUCUGUCAUGAGAAUCUCUCUCCAGAAAACCUCUCAGUUUUGCCUUGUGCUCACAAAUUCCAUUCUCAGUGCAUUAGACCUUGGUUAAUGCAGCAGGGGACAUGCCCAACCUGCAGGCUCCAUGUUUUGCUACCAGAAGAAUUUCCUGGUCACCCCAGCCGGCACUUGCCCAAGAUCUGAUCCAGGGGGUGACUAUGUGAAGGAAGUUUUCAGACUCUAAUUUAGUUCUGCCUUUUGUUAUGAGCUUACUGUGUGAGUGGUGUGAAGCAGUACACUUCAGUAUUGUGCGAAAAAAGCAAGCUAGUCUCAUCAAAGCUGCAGCCAAAGAGGACAGGACAAUCUUCAGGACUGUGAACUGAACUGAAAGGGUUUAAUAAAGAGAGAAUGUUAAAGGUUGCAUCAUAUUGCCCUUAUCUUCGUAGGUAUUUUCUUUCAGCAUAAACAUGAUAAUUGUUAGUAUAUAUCUUAGGAUGUCUUUUCUUGUGUUUUUUCCUUCUUAUUCCAAUCAUUCUUCACUUGCCCCCAUUAUACUACAUUUCAGCUUCCUGAAAUAAAUUUAAGCAAGAAAAAAAAAGUGGAAUAUUAAACAAGUAGGAGAAUUCCAGUGAUUAUAGUGUUUCUUUUAACUUUUAAAACUGCUUACAAAAAAAUGAUUAUUUAAGUUUUAUCUCUAUUUUCCCCAUUCUUUUCUAUUUUCUAAAAUAUGUACCCAUGAAGACAUUAUGAGCUACUUUAGGGUGGGGACCAUACAGUGGUGUGUUGGACCUGGCUUGUCAUAGCUUGUGAGAGAUGGUUGUUCAAGUUUCAGGAAUUUUUUAAGCCAGUUAUCAAGUUGUUGGUAGCUUGAAAUCAGCUGUAGUGGGAGCAUUUUGCCCCAUAGAAAUUGGUAAAUGCUCUAAUUAAAUGCUUUACUUCCCUUGAAGAGCCGGUUGCUAAACAUUUCCUAGCACACCACUGGGACCACAUCUGAUCCUUCUUUGUGCUCCCAGUGUCUUGCCCAAUAGGUGCAGCAUAAAUAUUCCCAGAAUCAGAAAUAAGGAAGUACAAGAAAAGGCAUUAAUAUGCAAAUGAAGUCACUUGCUGUGUUAAAUAAUUGAGAUCUUAUGUUAAUUUGUAAACUUGCUCUCUGGGCCUUAAUCUUUUAUACUUUGGAGAGCCUUUUUUUUUUCUGCCUUAAGUUUCUAAUUUCACUUUUUGAUGCUGGGGGUUGUGAGGACUCUUUGUGUGUAGUUGCUUUUUGUGACAAAGUUGAUGGCCACUGAGCUAAGUUGCAUAUCUAAAGUUUGUCCCUGAGAGCUGUCAUUCCUAGAAGUCAAAAACCUAUUUUGAAAAGUAUUGUGUAAAUGCUGUAAGUGUUGUACAUGUCACUAGUUACAAACUUUUAAAAAUUCAGUUACCUUGUAAGACAAAUGUUACUUGGUUCAUAUUUCUUUCCAUAAUUAAUAAAAUUGAAACUGUGAAUAAGUGUUUCCUGACUUGGCAACUAUUUAUGUGUAUAUUUCAGUGUAAAUGUAUGUUGAAGUUACUUGAAAUCACUAUUUAAAACUGGUAUUUCUGUAAUUGUGUGCUAAAUGUUUUCUUCUAUAAUGAGAAUAUACUGGAAAAUGUGAAGGAAAUAACCAAAAUUGAAGGCAGUCAUCUAGACACAUAAAAUGCCAAGAAUGUAUCGGAAUUGCAAAAUUCAGAACUUACAGGGCCUUUAAUAUAAAGUUUUCUUGUCUAAUACCUCAAGGUCAUUGUCAUAUAGCAAAUUACCUUGUAAAACAAAUGUUUCUUAGUUUAUGUUUAAACUUAAAUUUCACUUUGAUGUGGGAAAGAAUAAAUGUGUCUUAAUUGAACACCUAUUUUAUCUGUGUAUAUCAGUUUAAAUGUAUCCUGAAACUACAUUAAACCUCUGUUUCAAUUUAA